CUGGUGGCAACUGGCAAGCACGUCAUUGUUUGCUAGAUACACUCAUGACACUCAGACAGAGAUAUAUUCAACAGAACUGAGGAACCUCCACUUCAUCUGGGCUGUACCCAUGAUGAGUGAAAACAUAAGCCAGCUGCUCACCGCUCCAUCCAAGCCAAUCAUCCUGACAGAACGCAACGACUGGCCAGCUUGGUACAAGGAAAUCCGACUGGCACCCCCAGCUGUGCCCGAUGAGCCCGCCCUCCCAGCUUACGGAGACUUUCAAAUAGGUGCUCUGCGGUAUUCGGAUCUAGACGAAAAGAACCGGGUUGAGUACGACCAUGCCGUGAGGAUGUAUCUGUGGAUGAGAGACGAUGCGCGACGGAUUCGGAGCGACGUUGCCUAUAUCGCUCUUGUGAUUGCGACCUCGGCCUCGAAGUAUGCCCGUGGCUUCAUUGUGGACGAGGAUGAUCCGAGGGAGAUGUUGAGGUUGUUGAAGGGGCCAUUUGAACCUAACUUUUAG